CCAGUAUUCAUUCUCCGGAGGGGGGAGGCCGUGAACAAGCUGCUCCUUCAUGCAGAUGGGCUUUGCAGGGCCAAAUUCAUACCUGAUGUAACUCCAUCCUGAUGUCUACCCAGGCCUUGACUUACUCCUGCAAGGGGCUCUCCCUGCCUCAGUGGAAACAGCCCCUUCCAGGGGAGAACCUGUGGCAGGGGAAGUCUUCUCCUGUUAAGCUGCCUUGCAGCAGAUCCUGAAGUGACUGUGCCACUUUAUUGGAGAUUUGGGAGGGAUCUCCGAGUGCUUUAAGCCCCUAACACCUGUCAAAGGAGACCUUGAUCAUGGGAGAUGGGGAACCAUAUUGGCAAUACACAGGGAAGUGAGCAAAGAUUCUGCUGUCAGGCCAAGGCAUUGCUAAUUAAAACAGAUGUGGGUAGGAGGAAGCUUGUAUCUAACUAGCAGGCUUCUUCCUUCUCAUGUUAUUCACCAGCAUAUCACUGGAUUGAUUUUAUUUUUAAAUAGCUUCCAUUGCAUGCCCUGAAAAAUGGUGUCCUUAUGAGGAUGCAGAGGAAGUCUUCAGCAUGAAGAGAGAGAAAGACCUGCCAUAAACCAGCACAUUAUCUAACUGCUUUUGGGCUUGCCCCAGCCUACAACUGCCAUUAACUGGGUUCAGUGAGCCUGGCACAUACGAAGUGGAAUUCAUCCCUGGAGAGAGGAUCAGUAUGAGGCCUUGACCCUUCUCUUCAGGGCUCAUAUAGGACCUGUGCUGCUCUCGGGGUGACUUUUAGGCUUUAGGGCAGGGCUCAUGGCAUCCUCUGCAUGUGUUCUCCCAUCACACUUGGGGCUGCUGUUCUUGCCUAUCUGGAACGGGAACAGAUCCUAUCAGAUACCAACCCCAACACAUACAGGAUGGGGGUUUUUUUGCAUAUGUGUGUGUUGUAUCUAACUGCUUAGUCUAAAGCCAAAUCCUGCUUCUAUUGAAAUCUAUGGCAAAUCUCCCAGAAUCAGCCCUUUGGAGAAAUGACUGUGGUAGCUAUGGAUUUUUUUAGGUUUUACUGACACACGGAGCGUGUCUUGGUAGGUGAAGUGUGGAAAGCUGGGGGUUAGGAGGGGGUGUGAUUUGGAGCUGAUGUUGUUUAUGAUCUUAGCAGAACAGAUUGUUAGGUUCAAUGUCAAUGCAGAUCAUCGAGCAUCCUAUCUCAGGCUCCUUUAGGAAGGGCGAGGGAUCCUAAUGCCCAAAUGGUAACCAGUGAGGAAUGUCCUCAUCUGAAGUUUCCUUAAGGAAAAGGGAGAGGGUGGAGAUGGACUCUACUGUCAGUGGGGAGGGAAGGUCUGGGAAGUGGGGUGCUAUCAGAGAACAGAGGCCUUCACUGAUAACCUUGCUGGCAGGGAAUGCCUUGGACCCCCUUGAGGAAAGACUGAAAACUUCAUCAACAGUUUCAUGUUUGGCAGGUGGAAGUUACCUUCACUUGGGGGCUUCAGGCCAGGAAAGGAGCAUCAUAUCAGUAACUUGAUGUUAGCUGGCAGAAGGAAUGCCCUGAUCUAGCUGGUCUUAGACAGUUGCAUUAACCUGAUACUCUCUUGGAUUGUCCUUCUUUACUGCUUUUGGCCCUAUCCAGAUCUAAAUUGGGCCUUGUUUGGAAUGUGCAUCUCAAGCCUUGGCUCCCAGCCAGGACUUGUGCAUGUAUGGAUCUCGCCCUACAAGCGUGCAACCUACACGUGCCUUCAAGUGAUGUCCUCAAAGGCAAGCCAAGAAGUCAGAAGACAUUUGCACUAAGAGCAGCCACGAUCUGGGUUCAGUGUCCACCCACGCACUGCUGACAUCUUUCAACCCAUCUUUGGAUCUCUGCCCGCUUUAAGCAAGAGGGUGUUUCCUUUAUAGACAACCUUGUAGCUUUUCUCCAAGUUGGACUUGGACCACGAGCCUCUGAGCCUCAUGGUGGGGCCUGUGCCCAACCCAGAUGCUGGGGACACCAGGAAGGUGGUGCUGCUGGAGCCGUUCAUCCAUCAGGUCGGGGGCCACAUGAGCAUGAUGAAAUACGAUGAGCACACAGUCUGCAAGCCCCUCAUCUCCCAGGAGCAGUGGUUCUACGAGUCGCUGCCCACCGCCAUGAAGCAGUUCACCCCUCAGUACAAAGGUAUCAUUUCUGUGUGUCUCCGAAAGGACAACAUGGGCAACCUGAGCCUGAUAGCCAGCCCCAGCCUGCAAACUGAGACUUGCCACUCCUUGGAUAAUGCCGUCAAGGAGACUUCAGUCACAAUAUGGCACAAGUGGACAAGUAGCAGCAGUGGCAGUGACCACGUGCUUGUCAAGUGGGGUCACAACCAGCUUGCCAAGACCAUCAAAGACAGCUGCCCAGGGAAGAUGCUAUUGAGGACAGAUCUUCAGUAUCAUACAGGCGUUGCUUCACUCAUGGAAGAUGCAAAUGGAAACCAGCCAGAAAGAAACAGCUAUAACCCCUGGGGACUUCACUGCCACCAACAGCACCUGAACCGCAUGUCCUCCAAAUAUAAUGAGAAUAAACUUCAUCAGUUUCUCUUGCUUGAAAAUGUGGUGUCAACGUAUAAAUACCCUUGCAUUCUGGACUUAAAAAUGGGCACCAGGCAGCAUGGGGAUGACGCCUCAGAGGAGAAGAAAGCCCGCCACAUAAAGAAGUGUGAGCAGAGCACUUCUGGGUCGCUGGGAGUUCGCAUUUGUGGGAUGCAGGUUUACCAAGCUCACACGGGCCAAUUUUUUUGCAAAGAUAAGUAUUAUGGAAGGAAACUCUCCCCUGAAGGCUUCAGGCAAGCCCUCCACCAGUUCCUUCACAAUGGGAACCACCUCAGAACAGACCUGCUGGAGCCCAUCGUGUUGCAGCUGAAGGCUUUGCUUCUGGUCAUUAAAAAGCAGACUUCCUAUCGCUUCUACUCCAGCUCGCUUCUCAUCAUCUACGACGGGCAAGAACAUAAGGAGAACGGAGCCACUUUGGACAACUAUCCUCAAGGGAGCUUCCAGAACAUAAACUGCACCGCGUCCCAUGGGAGCAGCCACGCCAAAGUUGACAUUCGCAUGAUAGACUUUGCUCACACCACGUACAAAGGCUCAAAGUGCAAUCACACCACCUAUGACGGGCCGGACCAUGGCUAUAUUUUCGGUCUGGAAAAUCUCAUCAAAAUUCUGCAGAAUAUUUCAGAGGGAAAAUGACACAUGCUGUGAGACACCAAAGACAUUGCGGUGGCAGACAGCGCAGAACAGGACUUGCCUAUGCAUUGUGUCCAUUCUACAGAACUCCUCACCGCUUCCGAACAUCUCGCGCGCUGCUGGGAAUGAGAGCAUGGACAGCUUGCUAGGAAAGUGAAGAAAAUGCUAGAUGUGCCGUUACUGAAGCCAGGUGUAAAAGCAAAGGACUGAAAAGAAUCUGUAGUGUUUGUGAUAUUUCAGAAGAUUUAUUUUCCUUUCUUGUUUUACCGCUGUCCUUGAUUUGUUUGAGAGCCAGAAGAAAGAAAUACUUGAAAGAGUCUUAAGGACAAUAUCAGACCUACUGCCUCUGUACGCACUUGUGAAGCCAAAGGGACUAAGCAGAUACCGUGCGCUUGAGAGAGAGGCUCUUAUGAGCUGGCAGGUCUUAACAAGUUGAAGAAUUACUUUUAACUCAAGCUCAAUGUGAUGGGCCAAGGACAUUCAGCGACAUGAGCAGAAGACGAAAGCGCUCCCUGAUGCUCGCUCUCCAAACCUUUGGCAUUGUCUGCAGUGCUGUAGGAAAUCGGGAGCAUAGUGCUGACAUAUAUGGUGCUAUGUAAGAUCAAAAAGAAGCGCCAAACGUUCAAGAGGUCCCUGCUGUAAAGUACUUAAAGUCAAAAGGCGUGGAUAGGUAUGCUCCAAAACACAAUCUCCAUUCAGUGAGAGCUUAAUAUCCACUCACGCAAUAAAAGGACAGUCUUCAGGAAGAGAUGGACUGGAGCUGGAUGUAUCAAAGAGUGUUGAUUGCGGCAGAUAUCGGUGGCGACAAGAUUCACAUCAAGGCAUUUUAGCUUCAAAGAGAGCGUGUGACUGAGUCAAGAGCUAGAAAAAUAGGGUCAUCUAGAACUUUUUUUGUAAAACUGUUUUGUGUGUGUGUUUAGAGGAGAGGAAAUUGGGAAAACUUGACAAUGUGUUUACAGUAGUCAUGGACUGAUUUAACUAUGGAACAACUAAUACAACUUAAUUCCUUCCUGCGCAGUGUGGGAAACUUGUUAGAGAUGUCUAUGAGUCAAGAAUACAGCCCCAAAGCCCGAUAACUGGGGAGUUGGUGUAUAAAUAAAAUUGUCUAGGUCACUGUCA